AUGCGGCUUCUCAACGUGCACACGCUGCAAUUCAAGGAGUUCUUCGACCACCAGGUCCCGCCCUACGGUAUACUUUCACACCGAUGGAGCGAUGACGAGAUCACUUUCAAGGACUUCCGCAAGGGCCGAAGGAAGGAAGCAGCAGGGUACAAGAAGGUCCUGGACUUCUGUGCCUUCGUCAAGAAACGAAAGAUCUUUGAUCUUGCGUCACCAUCACAGGAGCGUCCAGACGAUGUCGAGGAUGGCGACGGCCAAGGCGGGACUCCUGUCAAUCCCAUUGCUGAGGAGUCACUUGAGUGGAUCUGGGUGGACACGAUGUGUAUCAAUAAACAAAGUAGUCAGGAGCUGUCCGAGGCUAUUAACUCCAUGUUCACUUGGUAUCAAGAAGCGAAAGAAUGCUACGUCUACAUGAACGACGUUGCGCCCAACGCAUCCACGCCACCUUAUCUCUUCUGGAAUGCUUUCGACUCCAGCGAAUGGUUCAACAGAGGCUGGACGCUGCAGGAGCUGCUUGCUCCCUCGACGGUGGUAUUUUGUGACCGGACGUGGGAGGUUUUUGGCCAUCUAGGGACGGCCGCUGACUCCGAAGAAUACGUUGAACGGGUUCCAGGGUCCGGUAUUCUUGGUUUCCCGCUAAACGAACGCAUCUCCAGGAUCACCGGCAUCCAGCUCGAGUACCUUUCCCAUGACUUGUCUGUGGCAUCGGCAACCAUCGCACGUCGCAUGAGCUGGGCCGCUCACCGUCAGACCACCAGACUUGAGGAUAGAGCGUACAGCCUGAUGGGUCUAUUCGAUGUCAACAUGCCUCUGCUGUACGGGGAAGGCCCAAAGGCACUGCUCCGUCUCCAGGAAGAAAUCAUCAAGAGCUCUUACGACCGCUCCAUCUUCCCCUGGCGAUACGACAAUCCCGAUGCAGAGAGCACCGGCGUCCUAGCUCCAGACGUCAAAUGCUUCCAGCACUGCGGCGACGUAAUCUACAAGCCUUCGGUGCUCGAUAGAGUUCCCUUCGCCAUGUCCAAUCUUGGUCUUCACAUCAGGCUCUCGGGAAGAGAGCUCGAUAUCGGUCUGCCCCCAGGCGGAUAUUCGCGCAGCAAACUCUUCAUCGCUAUCCUACACGGAUGUGUUAGAGAAUUGGACGGAGGCAGGUUUGGGUACAUGAACCUUAUCAUACUGCAGUGCCAGCACGGUUGGGGUCCAAAGUCGUUGAGGUCACGACUGAACUGCCUACCUCAUGGAGCUCCUGAGUUUGGACGACUGUCGGCUCGUCUCACGGGUGAUACGAAGGAGACUCAACUCUACAUCAAGGUCUGGGGCGACAGAAUCAGGGAGAGGGAGCGAAAGCGCGGUGACGCCUGCCGCGAGUGUCUUGAGGCGGAGCGGAGGAUCAUCGGUCAGCUAGGCUUGCCUCGCUCAGUGGGCGCACAACCACCACGCACCGAGUGA